ACAAAAUGGCAAAGUGGGCCGGGCCCUCUUACAAAUUUUGGUAUUUCCCGUUCUAGGCCCAAGGUUCGUGUUCCAGUUUAUCCGUACCCAUUUAAUUUCCAAUAAUUUGGACAAACGAAACGUAACAGCAAAAAUCCUCACCCUUCCGUUUCUCACGCGGGUAUUCUUCCUCAUUUAUCCUCCCAAAAUCCACGCCAAAAAUCCUCAUUUUACCUCAUUCAACUGCCAUUCUUUCCCGAUUGGUCUAUAGCUGCUGAACUUUUCUGAUCGUGCAGAAGAUGGCGUCGGCAGCUCCAGGGGGAUCAUCAACUAGGAGAAGCGUGACGUUGACCAGGAAGAAACCUGCUGCUGAGAACGGCGGCGGCGAUGGAGUAGUUGGGAUUCCUCCCUCGCACCCCCGCAAAUCUAUAUCCGUCUCCCGUUCCAUGGGACUGACAGGAGAGCGAACUGUGAAGCGGUUGAGGCUAUCUAAAGCCUUGACAGUACCUGAAACUACCACUAUAAUUGAAGCUUGUCGCCGGAUGGCUGCCCGUAGGGUUGAUGCUUUAUUGCUAACUGAUUCAAAUGCAUUACUGUGUGGAAUCCUGACAGAUAAGGAUAUAGCUAUGAAAGUCAUUGCUCAAGAGCUGAAUCUUGAGGAUACUCCUGUGUCUAAGGUUAUGACUAGGAACCCAGUAUUUGUGCUUUCUGAUUCUCUUGCUGUUGAAGCCUUGCAAAAAAUGGUUCAAGGAAAGUUUAGACAUUUACCAGUUGUUGAAAAGGGAGAGGUAAUUGCCUUACUUGACAUAGCAAAAUGCUUGUAUGACGCUAUUGCUCGUUUGGAGAGGGCUGCUGAGAAGGGAAAGGCGAUUGCAGCUGCUGUUGAAGGCGUGGAGAAACAUUGGGGGACAACAGUUUCUGGUCCAAACACAUUCAUUGAGACACUUCGAGAGCGAAUGUUUACACCCUCCGUGUCCACUAUAAUAUCUGAGAACUCAAAGAUUGCUACUGUAGAUCCAAGUGACACUGUGCUAGAGGCUGCAAAGAAGAUGCUUGAAGUUCAAGCAAGCUCUGCCAUUGUAACUGUAGAAAACAAACCACGAGGAAUACUUACUUCGAAAGACAUGCUGAUGAGGGUCAUAGCUCAAGAUCUUCCUCCAGGAUCUACUUUAGUGGAGAAGGUGAUGACACCUAAUCCAGAGUGUGUUACAGUUGAUACACCUAUUGUUGAUGCACUUCAUACCAUGCAUGAUGGGAAAUUUUUGCACCUUCCAGUUGUUGAUAAAGAAGGAGUGGCCGUAGCUGUUCUUGAUGUGCUUCAUAUAACUCAUGCUGCGAUAGCCACAGCUGGGAGUACCGCAGCAGUCAAUGGUGAAGCCACAAACACCAUGUUGCAGAAGUUCUGGGAUUCUGCUAUGGAAUUAACUCCAGAUGAUGAUGAUGAAACCCACAGUGAGAAUUCCUUGAAGAUGCCUUCUGAUGGAGGAGAAGUCGGUCGAUCUGUUGCUUAUUCUACUUCCAACUCCAGCAUGUUUGCUUUCAAGAUUCAAGAUGGAAAAGGAAGGAUGCAUAGAUUUUUAUGUGGUGCACAGAGUUUGACUGACCUUAUAGCAGCAAUCCUUCAGAGAUUAGGAGAUGAAAUUGACCGUGACAACCUUCCACAUAUCCUGUAUGAAGAUGAAGACAAGGACAAGGUUGUACUUGCAUCCGAUAAUGAUCUUCAAGCAGCUGUAGAUCAUGCCAGGCUAGCUGGUUGGAAGGGAUUGAAAUUGCAUUUAGAGUAUUCCGGCACAACACGGCCUCGGAUGGGAUCAAAGUCAAAAAGUAUGGAAUAUGCUCAAGCAGAUGCUUGGGCUUCGGCAUACAGCACUGUGGCAGCUGGGGCUGCCUUGGUUGCUGGUAUAGGCGUUUUGGCAUUUUUGAGGCGACCUGGAAAUUGAUUCCGUAUACACUUUGCUCGGAGAGUUUGAAGACGAAAGGGAUGAGAGUGUGUUUGUGGUAGUAUACUUUAACUUAACAAGAAAAAUUUGAUUGUGUUUUACAAUAAGCGAGGGUGAUGAUGACGAAGAAUCGGUUGCUGUUCUUGGGGUGCAUCUUGCAGCUACGAAGCUGAUGGUAUGUAUCUUCAUUUAGAAACUGGAUAUGUAAAUGUUGCAACUGGAACUGCAUACAUACAGGAUAUAUGCAACUUUUUAUUUGUGCAAUUCGUUGGAUUGGAAAAAAUAAUGGAUUUUUUUUACCACCA